AUGGGCUCCAGCGCCAAGAAGAAGAAGGAGAAACAGAAGGACUUCCAAAAAGCGAAACUAAAAGUCGGCAAAACUAAAGUCAAGCCGGAUAACUUCACCGACACAAGCUUCAAAGCCAAGAGCAUAACCCUAACGCAACAAUCCCUAACCCUGCACGCACCGACAAGCAGCAGCCAGUUCACGCAUAACGUGUCCCUCCUGUCCUCCAAAUCCGACACCCAGCGCCGCGACGCUCUCGCGCAUCUCACCACGCACCUCUCCAACCUCACGCCCAGCGGCAGGGCGCCGCCACAACCAACCGCCACGCUCCUCCAAACCCUCACGCCACUGAUCCUCGACAGCAGCGCCUCAGUCCGCACCAACCUCCUCCGUCUGUUCCGUCUGCUCCCGCCCCGCGACGUCCAGGACCACGUCGCCCAGCUCCUGCCGUUCGUGCGCGCCGGCAUGACGCAUCUGGCUGCUGAUGUGCGGGGCACCGCCGUCGAGGUUCUAGCCUGGUUGGUGGAGGUUGCGGGCGCCGAGGUUGUGGGUUGUGCGGGUGGGUGGAUUAAGACUCUGAAUUGCUUUCUCAGUGUGCUCGGCUGGCAUACUGAUGAGUCGGCGAAGUGGUCUGCUUCCCGCGCGGCGUUUGGCAAGGCGGGGACCCAGGGGAGGCCUGUCGUUAGGAUUCUGGGGGUCUUAGCGGGUUUUUUAGCUGUGGGAAUUGGGGGGGAUGAUGGGGAUAGGAAUGGGGAUGUGGCUAUGGGGGACGGGGAUGCGAAUGUUAAAGUUGCGGGUGGCGUCGCGAAUUGGGAGUUCCCUCUCGCCUCCGUCGAGGCGCAUAUGCUCCCCAAGACGGCUCAGCCGUAUGUGUAUUUGAAUCUGUUUGGGCAGCCGAGGGAUGAGGAGGGCGAGAUGUAUGAGACGCGCGAGGAUCGGUUCCGUGUUUUCGGGGCGAAGUUCCUCAAGGCGGUUGAGCGCGGCGUCGAGAGUGCGCGCCAGGAUGGUGGCGAGGUCGGUAGGGCUUCGUCGGCUGUUAGUAAGGUGCUCAAGGAGGCCUUGGUUUACGCGCGCGGCGCGGGUUUGGAUGUUUGA